GUGUACUUACGAUAUUGUAGUGUCCCACUGGGCUAUGGGCCACUCGCCGUGUGGACGCCUCGCCACAUUGGCCACCUUGCCACUCGUGUUUGUGAUCAUGGUGAAUCAUUCAUAAUCAGACCAGUAUGAACCGCGGCUCCAGAGAGGAGUUGCUAGGCAGCUCGCAGGAGGCCCUGCGGAACAGCCAGCAUGAUCUCCGUCACGUGUUCGAGAGACCUCUGACAAGGGAAGAGAAGACUUACCUCCUACAUGCUGAUAGAGGAGACUAUGUUACAGUAAAGAGGUUAAUAGAACAAUUCGCUGGAAGGUCCGACGUCUUGGACAUUAACUGCGUGGACCCUCUCAACAGAUCUGCCCUCAUAGCCGCUAUAGAGAACGAGAAUAUAGAGCUCAUCAAACUACCUCUCGGUUCUGGGAUUAAAGUCAAG